UUAACAGAAUCUGAUAGCUAGAUAUUUAUACCAAAAUGGUUUAAAGUCGAAACAUUAUUUCACGCAAUACACUACAAGUGAAGGAGCAAAUAAAUUUAAAAUUCAGUGAGGGAUUAUAGCGUUUAAGCGAUCCUGCCACCAUAAAGAUACCAAGUUCAGGAUGCCGGGAGAAAAUGUGAAAGUAGCGGUUCGAGUUCGCCCCUUCAAUCAGAGGGAAAUUGAUGCCAAUUCAAAAUGUGUUAUUCAAAUGGACGGUGGAUCAACCACCAUAACCAAUCCACACACUGGAGAAAAGAAAACGUUCACGUUUGAUCAUUCUUAUUGGUCCCACGAUGGCUACAAUGAAAGAAGUGAUUCUAUGUUGGUCCCUGAGAAUGAAACCAGCGUAUAUGCUGAUCAGCAAUGCGUCUUCAAUCAACUAGGACGCCAAGUUCUUGACAAUGCCUGGGAAGGAUAUAACUCUACAUUGUUCGCAUACGGACAGACAGGAAGCGGGAAAAGUUAUUCGAUGCUUGGGUAUGGAACAAACAAAGGUAUUGUGCCAAUCGCUUGCGGAGAACUUUUUAAAGCAAUUGAUUCGGCUGAUAAAUCAAAUGGGAAACAAAUGCAGGUUACUUUCAGUAUGCUUGAAAUAUACAAUGAGCAUGUUCGAGAUUUGUUGACGAACAAUACAAAAGCGAUACCCGGUGGACUAAAGGUCAGACAAGACCGCAAUCAAUCAUUUUACGUUCCUGAUUUGAAACAACUUCCAUGUCGAGAUUACAAAGCAAUAGAAAGGUUAAUGGAACAAGGAACAAUCAAUAGAACAACUGCUUCUACGAAUAUGAAUGCAACAAGCAGUAGAUCCCAUAUGGUCAUAACAAUUAAAUUUAAGCAGGUAUUCAACAAUGAUCGUGGUGAAAGUACAACAAAAACAAGCGAAAUCAAUUUGGUAGAUUUGGCAGGAAGCGAGAGAGCAAAAUCUACCGGUGCCACAGGCGAUCGACUCCGAGAGGGCUCAGCUAUCAACGUCAGUUUAUUAACGUUAUCAAGUGUUAUUGAAGCAUUAGCUGAAGGAAAUCCAAAGAAAACUAUUCCUUACAGGAGUUCAGUUCUGACAAAACUACUCAAAUCAGCUCUCGGUGGAAACAGUAAAACUGUGAUGAUUGCAGCAUUGAGUCCAGCUGAUAUUAAUUAUGAAGAAACACUUUCUACAUUACGAUAUGCUGAUCGAGCGAAAAAAAUUCAGAACAAAGCUGUUAUCAACUUAAGUCCGACUGAAAAACUCAUUCACGAUUUGAAAUCAGAAAACGCCAGAUUACUUCAAUUAUUAGCAUCUCAUACUUCUGGUGGUUCAUCUGGAAUGACACAUGACAAAGAUUUUAUUACAGCUGACUUGGAGCAUCUGAUCGCUCAAAAUGAAAAACAAAUGAAAGAAUCAACAAUGUCGUGGGAACAAAAAUUAGAAGAUGCAAAAAGAGAAUGGGAAAUGGAACAUGUAUCCGCCUCUGAUAAGAUGUUCAGCAAAAAUCCAUAUUUUCAAAACGUAAACGAAGAUCCACAACUAUCUGGGGUGAUUAAGAAAUUUAUUUACGAAGGAGUCACAAUGGUCGGCAAAUGCAAUAAUAUCGACACAACUAAGAAACCACAUAUCGCACUUCGUGGUUUAGGCAUUCAAGAUCACCAUGCAAACAUUAUGUGCAACAAAAGUAAUGUAUAUGCAGAUCCUAUCUCUCCGAAUGAAGUCUUCGUCAAUGGUGUGAAAAUUUCAAAAAAGACGGCGUUGAAACAUGGCGAUAGAAUCAAAAUGGGAUCAAAUAGUUUGUUUCUAUUUGUCGGAUUUCCAAACGAAAGAAAAAAGAGCGAUGACGACUUAACGAAGAAGUAUGAUUAUAAUUUUUUUCAAAAUGAACUUGCCGCGAGUCUAGGAAUUAACUACGACUUGAAAUCGAAGCAGAAGGACGCAAGCGGGGAUCUCGGUAUCGCAGAGGUUUAUCAUGAUUAUUUGACAUUGAUGCCAAUGGUCGCUGAAGUUAAUGCCAUAAGUGAAGAAUUGCAGAAGAAUGUUUCUUUUAGUUUAUUUGUUCUUAAUCUUGCCUCUUAUGAUUCAUCUGGACUAGAAAAAGAAAAGGAAGUUGCCGUCAAAGUGGUGCAACAGAUCACAAACCAGGUAUGGAUUUGGUCGAAAGCAAAAUUCACAAAUAGAAAAUAUUUGAUAGAAGAAUUAUAUAAUAAUUUCACUGAAAAUCCUGAAAGUGUAAACGAUAUCGCACAUGAAGAUGAUCCAUUCUGGGAUCCCGUUGAGGAUGUAUAUCUUGGAUGCGCUCAUGCCUGGUUACAUAGUCUUGCGUAUUGCAUGCCAUUAGAUGAUCAAAUUGCAAUUCUUAAUCAUUCCGGGAAAGAAGAAGGUCACUUACAAGUAUCAGUGUCUCCUUGUACUGCCAAUGGAAUAGUACAGAGUGAUGAAAUGAUGAUAUUAGAUCCGAACGAUUUACUGAACAAAAGAUUUGAUAUUAUGAUACAAAUACAACAAUGUAUCGGAUUAAAAUGGAUCAAGCAAAACAGCACGAGAGGAAUAAUGAUCAAAUUCAAAUUGUACGAUGAACGAUAUGGUCAUCAAACAAGAGCAUUGUGGCAUGUUGUCAACCCACGAGUCAAUUUUCAGCAACACAUAACUGUGGACAACGUGGAUGAUGAUUUUCUCACUUAUCUUCACUCUAAUGCUGUUGUAUUUGAAGUUUGGGGGUUACAAGGCGGGCGUGUUGACACUCCUGACACUACAUUAGAUGAUGGGAUGAUACGAACAAAUAGUCCACCUCAUUCGUCACCACCGUCAACUGCUGCUUCCUUUUCGUCGGCAGAAUUUGACGCCAUGGAAAAAGAAUUAGAAGGAGCUAAGCACGAAAUUAAAAGUUUAUCAGAUCAAAAAGAAGAACUCUUUCAGUUAUGUCGGAUUUUAAGGAAAGAGAACACAAAUUUGAAAACAAAGGUCAAAGAAGCUAAGAAAAAUAAUAAGAACGGAAUCACUAGGCCGAGCCGUCCUAAGUCUGCAUCGAAGAGUGAAAUUAUUUCGAAAGAAGUUCAAAAUGAAAAAGAUAAAACGCCAAGUUCAAGAUCAUCGUCCGCCGCAAGCCAAGGUAAUAACAACGUGCAAGCAGAACUUGGUCGAGCAUUGAAGCGAUAUUUUGGCGAUAUAAAGCCUAUCCAAUCGCAAAUGCAGUAUCUUUUAUCAUCUGAAAUGCCUCCAGAACCAGCAAGAUCAAAGCAUGGAUCGGUAAAAGGAGACUCUUAUGACAGACUACGAUCGUUUGCUGAUGUUCGUCAAAAAGACAUCGAUCAACUUUCAGAAGGAUUCAAUAAGGCAUUGUUAACACUAAAAAGCUCAGUGGCAGCCACAGUCAGGGCGCGGAAAACAGAAAUGCAGCCAAACGGGUCGUCCUAACCUUAGUGAAGAUUACAUCGUGCAUCUAUUUAUCAACAAAUUCUUUUAUUAUUGACGCCGCCAUCGUCAUUUCGAAUGUCAGUUUUUCAUUAUAAGGCCAUUAUUUCCUUGUCGUGCAAGGGCGGUCAUAUGCUGUCUUACCAAUCUAUUUUUAUAUACCGAACAUUGUAAUGUAAAUAGUCGUGUAAAAUAUUUAUUUUGUUAGUCUUUUUCUGCAUUUCUUAUAUUAUUUUCAUCCUUAUUUUGAGCAAUACAAUUUUGUCUAAUGUGACAGCCUUUAACUUUGCCCAACUCACGGUCUUUUGACCGAAGAUAGAGUUGAUUGUUGCAUCCGUGUACCAAAAUUUCAGAGUACAACAUUUUAUCGUCCUCGAUACGUGAAAAUUGCAAAAUAAAUAUUUUUAUAUCAUCUUUCCAA